UCCUUUGAAACUUAGAAUACUCUGUAGAGAGAGAGAAAGAAGGGACAUGGGGAGGAGAAUACUGAACGAUGCAUUGAGAACAAUUGUAAAUGCGGAGAAAAGAGGCAAAGCAACAGCAAACCUGCAGCCUAUCUCCGGCGUUAUGGCUUCCUUUCUCAAGAUCAUGAAAGAUCGAGGUUAUAUAAAAGAUUUUCAGGUAUCUGACCCACACAGAGUAGGAAAGAUAACUGUUGAACUCCAUGGCAGGAUAAAGGACUGUCGAGCACUCACUUAUAGGCAAGAUAUCAAAACCAAAGACAUUGAAGACUACAGAAUACGUAUGCUUCCAACUCAUCAGUGGGGUUAUGUCGUGAUUACAACUCCCAGUGGUAUUUUGGAUCAUGAGGAGGCCAUUAGACAAAAUGCUGGAGGUCAGGUUCUGGGUUAUUUUUAUUAAGUUCCCAUCGUAUCUUUGUUUGGAUGGGAAUUGUGAGAGAGACUGUUCUGUAUGUUAAUGAGGGUAAGACUGAAGCUUCUGGUAAAAGUUUAGCUACACAAGUUCACAACAUCCUCUCUGUUUUCAUGCAUGAUGAUAUUUCAUGUGAAUUUGAUGAUAUCCAAGAUUUAGAUUUUAUUGCUU